UGCAUGUUUUAUUUGUACUGUUGUAUUAUCAAGAAUACAUUACAAUGUCUGGUAGAGGAAAGACUAGCGGAAAGGCGAGAGCAAAGGCUAAGACUCGCUCUUCCAGGGCAGGACUGCAGUUCCCAGUCGGCCGUGUCCACAGGCUGCUGCGGAAGGGAAACUACGCUCAGCGUGUCGGCGCUGGAGCCCCGGUCUAUCUGGCCGCCGUGCUCGAGUACCUGACUGCUGAAAUCCUGGAGCUCGCCGGGAACGCCGCCCGGGACAACAAGAAAACCAGAAUCAUCCCGCGUCACCUGCAGCUCGCUGUCCGCAACGACGAGGAGCUCAACAAGCUGAUGGGAGGCGUCACCAUCGCUCAGGGCGGAGUGCUGCCCAACAUCCAGGCCGUGCUGCUGCCCAAGAAAACCGAGAAGCCCGCUAAGAGCAAAAUGAAGAAAUACAUUACAAUGUCUGGUAGAGGAAAGACUAGCGGAAAGGCGAGAGCAAAGGCUAAGACUCGCUCUUCCAGGGCAGGACUGCAGUUCCCAGUCGGCCGUGUCCACAGGCUGCUGCGGAAGGGAAACUACGCUCAGCGUGUCGGCGCUGGAGCCCCGGUCUAUCUGGCCGCCGUGCUCGAGUACCUGACUGCUGAAAUCCUGGAGCUCGCCGGGAACGCCGCCCGGGACAACAAGAAAACCAGAAUCAUCCCGCGUCACCUGCAGCUCGCUGUCCGCAACGACGAGGAGCUCAACAAGCUGAUGGGAGGCGUCACCAUCGCUCAGGGCGGAGUGCUGCCCAACAUCCAGGCCGUGCUGCUGCCCAAGAAAACCGAGAAGCCCGCUAAGAGCAAGUAAACCAGCCCGACUGACCCGCGUUUAGACUUCACAAACCCAAAGGCUCUUUUAAGAGCCACC